ACGUGGGAGUGGGCCUGUCAAGUAUUCCUAGUUCUUGUUAUAACGUGGAAGUGGCUAAAAUUUUUGAUUCAACGGAAUGCAGUAGAAUUUUUUGUUGGAAUAUGAGUAUUCACGAUGAUUUAAUAAAGCUGUUCAUAACUAUUGGCCUCAGUGAACAGAAAGCCUUGGAAACACUAAAGAAUGACGUGUUAACCAAGCAUUUGAAGUAUGCUAUCGAGGAGGCUGUUGGUAAUGGUGGCACAUUGCAGCAAAUUGGAAUGUUAUUGUAUCACCUAGCUGCUAAAAUUAAAGUUCAGAUCAAUCACUUCAUCCCUGUGAUAGUUGAAUACAUAGCUGCAAACAAGAUUGAUUCACAGCAGCGAAUUGAUGCUGCCUUGGAUUAUUUAUUAUCACAUUUGAAGGGGGAUUUCAAUGUAAAAGAUUUUGAAACUGCUUGUGGAGUUGGUAUUACUGUCAGUCCGGAGGAAAUUGAACAUGUCGUAGAAAAUGUAAUAAAGAAACACAAAGAUGAAUUACUGGAUAAAAGGUACCGGUUUAAUGUGGGGGUUGUCAUGCAGGAGGUACGGCAGGAGCUGAAAUGGGCUGAUGGAAAAGCAAUUAAAAAUGAAGUAGAUAUGCAGGUGUUAGAUUUACUGGGCCCCAAAACUGAGGCUGAUUUCUCACUUCAAAUAAAGCAAAGCAAAAAGGUGAAAUCUGGCAAGCCUAGUGCAGAAUCAAGAGAAUUGGCAAAGGAUGUUGAGCUCAUUGUUGUGAAUGAAGGUGAAGUGACUCAUUCUGCCAUUUCUGUUCGUGAAAUUAUGAAAACCAAAGUUCAUUUUCAUAAACCAGGGGAGAAUUAUAAAACAGAUGGCUAUGUGGUAACUUCAAAAACCAUGAAACUUUUGCAGGAACACUUGAAGCUGACAGGAGGACAGGUAAGAACAAGAUUUCCACCAGAACCUAAUGGAAUUUUACAUAUUGGCCAUGCAAAGGCUAUAAAUAUUAACUUUGGAUAUGCUGCAGUACAUGAUGGUGUCUGCUUCUUGAGGUACGAUGACACCAAUCCAGAGAAAGAGGAAGAGAAGUUCUUUGUGGGCAUCAAGAACAUGGUAGAGUGGCUUGGUUACAAACCAUACAGAGUCACACAUUCAUCAGAUUAUUUUGACCAGCUGUAUGAGUGGGCUAGAGUGCUGAUCAAGAAGGGCUUUGCAUAUGUGUGCCACCAAAAACAUGAAGAAAUCAAGGGUUUCAAUCCUCCUCCAUCACCCUGGAGAGAGCGUCCAGUGGAAGAAAAUCUUCGCCUUUUUGAGGACAUGAAAAAUGGUAAAUUAGAAGAAGGAGAAGCAACUCUGAGGAUGAAGAUUACAUUAGAGGAGGGAAAACAAGACCCUGUAGCUUACAGGAUAAAAUUCUUUCCACAUCACCGUACUGGAGACAAAUGGUGUAUUUAUCCGACGUAUGACUACACACAUUGCCUAUGUGAUUCCAUUGAACAUAUUACGCAUUCUCUGUGCACCAAAGAAUUUCAGAACAGACGCUCCUCUUAUUACUGGCUUUGUAAUGCCUUGGAUAUUUAUUGCCCUGUUCAGUGGGAAUAUGGUCGUCUAAAUAUGAACUACACUGUUGUUUCUAAGAGGAAAAUUGCUAAGUUGAUAUCAGAAGGCAUAGUAAAUGAUUGGGAUGAUCCUCGUUUAUUUACAUUAAGUGCACUUCGGAGACGAGGAUUUCCACCGGAGGCUAUCAAUAACUUCUGUGCCCAGAUUGGUGUGACAGGAGCUCAAGCUGUUGUGGAUCCACAAAUGCUUGAAGCAUUUGUUCGUGAUUUUCUCAAUACAACUGCCCCAAGGGCUAUGGUUGUUUUGGAACCCCUGAAAGUGAAGAUAGUAAAUUUUCCUUUGCCUAAAACAGCAGACAUUCAAGUCCCAAAUUUCCCCAAUGAUCCACAACAAGGAUUUCACUUUGUGCCUUUUGACAGGGAAUUGUAUAUUGAACGCACUGACUUUAAGGAGGUAGGAGACAAGGGGUACCGACGCCUAACUCUUAAACAGCAAGUAGGACUUCGUCAUGCUGGCUACCAUAUUGCUGUCAGCAAAGUGUUGAAGGACUCUGAAGGAAAUGUGGUGGAGCUGGAAGUGAAGUGUGAACCAUCAUCUGUAGGAGAAAAGCCUAAAGCUUUUAUCCAUUGGGUUUCACAGCCUCUGAACAUUGAAGUCAGACUGUAUGAAAAAUUAUUCAAACACAAGAACCCAGAGGACAUAAAUGAAGUUCCAGGAGGAUUUUUAUUGGAUUGCAAUGAAAAGUCAUUAGAAGUUGUGCAGGCAUAUGGAGAUGUGUCCUUGAAAAAUGCUCCUGUAUACAGAAAAUUCCAGUUUGAGAGAAUUGGUUUCUUUUCUGUGGAUCCAGAUAGCACAAAUAAAAAAAUGGUGUUCAAUCGUACUGUCACACUUAAAGAGGAUGUGGGGAAGAUUUGACAUAAGUGAUAUGAAAAGAAGGUGUGAGAGGUCUCUUUCAGUAUGUUUUAAACUGAUUUCAGAUAAAUGUAAGAAAUGGAUAUGUAAAUAAAGUGAGUAAAUAUGUAUAACAAAGAAACAGACCCAUUA